CGGGCGGGCUUCCGCUGUCCCGGGCCUUUGUCGCGGGUCGGCCACCUUGGGUCUGCGCCCGGCCGUGUUCUUACCUGGAUUCGGGCUUUGGGUCCUGGGCUCGGUGGCCUGGGCCACAGGGCUGCCGCCACGAUGGAAACUUGAACUUUUCCAGAAUUCUCUCUAAAACUUUGCUGCUGUGGGAUCAAGAGAGGACACUUUAUACCCCAGGAUCUAGAAAUGGAGUUGGUGUCAUUUGAAGAUAUAGCUGUGGAUUUCUCCUGGCAAGAAUGGCAAUACCUUGAUAUUGUUCAGCAAACUCUUUAUAGGGAUGUGAUGCUAGAAAACUACAACAGCCUGGUGUGCUUGGGACACUGUAUGAGCAAACCAGAGUUGAUCUUCAAGUUAGAGCAAGGAUAUGCACCAUGUAGUGUACCAGAAAGCUCAGCUCAGAGGCAUCCAGCAGAACUAAAACCUCAAGUGAGUAUCUACUAUACAAACCCUCAUGAAUAUAAACAAUUCCAGAAAUUUGUCUGUAACAAGUUACAUCCCACUCAUCAGAAUGCUCAGAGAUGUGAGAAACCAUAUGAAGGUGAUGGAUGUGAGAAAUCUGUCUUCGGGAAGUCACAACUCACUCUUCACCAGAGAACUCAUACAGUUGGGAAGCCAUAUGGCUGUGGGGAUGCUUUUCUGAAGAAGACCAAUUUCACCAUUCAUCAGAGAACCCAUACAGGUGAGAGGCCACCUGAAUGUAAUGAACAUGGGAAUACUUUUCUGAAGAAGUCAGGUCUCACUAAUCAGAGAACUCAUUUGGGUGACAAACUGUAUGAAUGCAAUGGAUGUGGAAAUGCUUUCUUCUCUAAAUCACAACUAAGUGUGCAUCAGAAAACUCACACAGAUGGGAAGCCAUAUGCAUGUAAUAGAUGUGAGAAAACUUUCUUUCAGAAGUCACAUCUCACCAUUCAUCAGAGAACCCAUAAAGAUGAAAAACCAUAUGAAUGUGGGAAAGCUUUCUCUCAUAAGUCACAAUUCUACAUUCAUCAGACAACACAUACAGGUGAGAAACUGUAUGAAUUUCGGAAAAGUUUUUACCAGCAGUCAGACUUUACUGUGUAUCACAGAACUCAUGUAGGAGGGAGACCCUAUAAAUGUCAUAGAUGUGGGAGAAUGUUCUUGACUAAGUCAUCCUUCAUUAUACAUCAGAGAACGCACACAGGUGAGAAACCAUAUGCAUGUAAUGAAUGUGGGAAAGCUUACUGCAGUAAGUCAGCAUUCAAUGUGCAUCAGAAAACUCACACAGGUAAGAAACCAUAUGAAUGUAAUGAAUGUGAGAAAGCUUUCUCUAAUAAAUCACUCCUUAUCAGUCAUCAGAGAACACAUACAGGUGAGAAACCAUAUGAAUGUAAUAAAUGUAGGAAAGGUUUCAUUUCUAAGUCCCAACUCACCAUCCAUCAGAGAAUACAUACAGGUGAGAAGCCAUAUGGAUGUAAUGAAUGUGGGAAAGCGUUUUCUCUUAAGUCACGCCUCACUACUCAUCAGAGAACACAUACAGGUGAGAAACCAUAUGGAUGUAAUGAAUGUGAGAAAGCUUUCUCUAAUAAAUCACAACUUAUCAGUCAUCAGAGAACACAUACAGGUGAGAAGCCAUAUGAAUGUAAUGAAUGUGGGAAAGGAUUCAUUUCUAAGUCACAUCUCACCAUCCAUCAGACAAUACAUACAGGUGAGAAACCAUAUGAAUGUAAUGAAUGUGGGAAAGCGUUUUCUCUUAAGUCACGCCUCACUACUCAUCAGAGAACACAUACAGGUGAGAAACCAUAUGGAUGUAAUGAAUGUGAGAAAGCUUUCUCUAAUAAAUCACAACUUAUCAGUCAUCAGAGAACACAUACAGGUGAGAAGCCAUAUGAAUGUAAUGAAUGUGAGAAAGCUUUCUCUCAUAAGGCACACCUCACUACUCAUCAGAGAACACAUACAGGUGAGAAACCAUAUGAAUGUAAUAAAUGUGGGAAAGGUUUCAUUUCUAAGUCACAACUCACCAUCCAUCAGAGAAUACAUACAGGUGAGAAACCAUAUGCAUGUAAUGAAUGUGAGAAAGCUUUCUCUAAUAAAUCACUCCUUAUCAGUCAUCAGAGAACACAUACAGGUGAGAAACCAUAUGAGUGUAAUGAAUGUGGGAAAGGUUUCAUUUCUAAGUCACAACUCACCAUCCAUCAGAGAAUACAUACAGGUGAGAAGCCAUAUGGAUGUAAUGAAUGUGGGAAAGCGUUUUCUCUUAAGUCACGCCUCACUACUCAUCAGAGAACACAUACAGGUGAGAAACCAUAUGGAUGUAAUGAAUGUGAGAAAGCUUUCUCUAAUAAAUCACAACUUAUCAGUCAUCAGAGAACACAUACAGGUGAGAAGCCAUAUGAAUGUAAUGAAUGUGGGAAAGGUUUCAUUUCUAAGUCACAUCUCACCAUCCAUCAGACAAUACAUACAGGUGAGAAACCAUAUGGAUGUAAUGAAUGUGGGAAAGCGUUUUCUCUUAAGUCACGCCUCACUAGUCAUCAGAGAACACAUACAGGUGAGAAACCAUAUGGAUGUAAUGAAUGUGAGAAAGCUUUCUCUAAUAAAUCACACCUCAUCAGUCAUCAGAGAACACAUACAGGUGAGAAGCCAUAUGAAUGUAAUGAAUGUGAGAAAGCUUUCUCUCAUAAGUCACACCUCACUACUCAUCAGAGAACACAUACAGGUGAGAAACCAUAUGAAUGUAAUAAAUGUGGGAAAGGUUUCAUUUCUAAGUCACAACUCACCAUCCAUCAGAGAAUACAUACAGGUCAGAAACCAUAUGGAUGUAAUGAAUGUGGGAAAGCGUUUUCUCGUAAGUCACUCCUCACUACUCAUCAGAGAACACAUACAGGUGAGAAACCAUAUGGAUGUAAUGAAUGUAAGAAAGGUUUCUCUUUUAAUUCUCACCUUAUCAUGCACCAGAGAACACAUACAGGUGAGAAACCAUAUGGAUGUAACGAAUGUGAGAAGGCUUUCUCUAAUAAAUCACACCUUAUCAGUCAUCAGAGAACACAUACAGGUGAGAAGCCUUAUGGAUGUAAUGAAUGUGGGAAAGCGUUUUCUCUUAAGUCAAGCCUCACUACUCAUCAGAGAACACAUACAGGUGAGAAACCAUAUGGAUGUAAUGAAUGUAAGAAAGGUUUCUCUUUUAAGUCUCACCUUAUCAUGCACCAGAGAACACAUACAGGUGAGAAACCAUAUGGAUGUAAUGAAUGUGGGAAAGCGUUUUCUCUUAAGUCAUGCCUCACUACUCAUCAGAGAACACAUACAGGUGAGAAACCAUAUGGAUGUAAUGAAUGUAAGAAAGGUUUCUCUUUUAAGUCUCACCUUAUCAUGCACCAGAGAACACAUACAGGUGAGGAACCAUAUGGAUGUAAUGAAUGUAAGAAAUGUUUCUCUCAGAAGUCACACCUCAUCAUUCAUCAGAGAACACAUACAGGUGAGAAACCAUACGGAUGUAAUGAAUAUGAAGAAACUCUCUACCAUAAGUUAUUCAUCAUUCAUUCAUCAAUGAAGACAUAUAAGUGAGAAACUGUGUAAAUAUAAUGAGUGUAGGAGAGCUUUUGAGUUACUUCACAUCAGAAAAUUUACACAGGUGCAAAAACAUAUGCAUGCAAUAGAUGUGAGAAAUCUUUCUUCUGGAUAUCACACCACACCACAUUUGGGUAGGAAUGUAAUGAAUGUUGUAAAGCUUUCUUCUUCAAGUCAGCACUCACCAUACAUCAGCAUAUUUACACAGUUGGGAAGCUGAAAAAAUAUGUGAAAACUCUCUUGUGGAAGUUACACCUUAUCAUUCAUCACAAAACAGAGUUGCGAAGCCAUAUUAAUGUAAUGAAUGUGAAAAAGCUUUCUUCUGGAAGUCAAACUUAACUAUAUACCAGAGAAUCCAUACUGAUGAUAACCCAUAAGAAUGUGUUUAAUGCAGCAAAGCUUUCUUCAAGUCACAAGUCACUGUACACCAGGAGCUCGUUCAGUUGAGUCAUAUGGGUGUAAUAAAUGUAAAAGGGUUAUCUACUGAAAAUUUGCUUAGGAGCCCUGUGAGUAUAAAGAAUGCAAAGGAAAAUUUCACUGCAAGUCAUACAUGUGAGAACUUAUACAAGUGAGAUAUCUUGCAAAUAAAGAACAAAGCUAUCAUCUUC